UCACCGAUAUGAUAAACGCAGAGAGAGGAUCAUAGACUGACUCAGCUGAGGCAGGCAAUGAGAGGGGAGGUACAAGGGCUGAGCUUUCCCCCUCUAGCCCAGCGGUUUCCUCCCCCGCUCCCAUUCUGCUCUCUCAGUCUUUCACAGUCACACAGCGUAGAGACUUACAGACAGAACAGCUCAGGCAGGAGAAAACCACUGGGAGGCAGGCAGGCGGCUGGGGGCUGAUGCUGCCAUUCCUUACACACAGAGGGGAAAGAGAGAGGGAAGGAGAGAGAGAGAGGGAGAGAAAGAGGGAGAGAGAGUGCUCAUCUACAGGAAAAGAGGUGCAGGGGAGAGUAGUUUUCUGUACUUUUCCCAGCAACACGUGGAUGGAACUCUCACAGGCUGAUCCUAUGAUGUGGAAUGCUUUGUGACUGUGUGGACACAAUACAAAACGGUGAUGACUAGAGACAUGAUUGUCUCAACAAUAGAGUCCCAGUAGAGAGCAGAGUGGAGAGGUGUCAGGAGGAGAUGAAAUUGAACUGAAGACCAACAUUUCUCUGAGGAGCCCAUGUCUCCCGUUGGGCAAAUAUGAUGGAACUCAGACACUCCCAAAUCAUUUGGAAUAAUUGUGAAAGUAGCAGCCUGUCAAACGCAACAACCUAUUGGACUUGACAAAAAGAUAGAAAAGGGGGGGGGCAAGGGUAGGAAGGUUGAAGAAUGUUUUUGAAUUUCAGAAGGAUCAGAAAAUGUCAAUGUGUGCAGCUGGUGACGACGUGCUUUGUCCUGUCCGUGUUGAUGGUGUGCUGGGAGCAGCUGGACCACCACGUGGUGAGCCAUAUGAAGUCCUACUCCUACCGCUACCUGGUCAACAGCUACGACUUCAUCAACAAGAGCUUUGGCAUCAGCCAGAGGGAGGCUAAGAGUCAGAGCAACUUCCCGUACCUCAUCAACCACCAUGACAAAUGUGACAGCAAUGAAGUGCUGUUGCUGCUGUUCGUCAAAUCUUCCCCAGAGAACCUGGAGAGGAGGCAGGCCAUCCGGGCCACCUGGGGGAAUGAGGCCUACACCCAGAGGGAGUUGGGGGCCACCGUGAGGGUGGUGUUUGCCUUGGGGGUCCACCCCAACCCCCAGCAGAGGGGCCAUGUACAGAGGAGGCUGCUGGGGGAGGACCAGGUCUAUGGGGACCUGGUCCAGCAGGACUUUGUGGACACCUUUCACAACCUCACCAUCAAACUGCUGCUGCAGUUCCGCUGGAGCCACAACUACUGCAGCCAAGCACGUUUCCUCAUGUCAGCCGACGACGACAUCUUUGUCCACAUGCCCAACCUGGUGCACUACCUGCAGGGCCUGAUCCGUCAGGGGGCCCAGGACCUCUGGGUGGGCCACGUGCACAGGGGAGCCCCACCCAACCGCCGGAAGGACAGCAAGUACCACGUGCCUUAUGAGAUGUACCAGUGGCUCUCUUACCCAGACUACACAGCGGGGGCAGGGUACGUUGUCUCAGGGGACGUGGCUUCCAAAAUCUACCAGGCCACUCUGUCCCUCAAUGCCUCGCUGUACAUUGAUGAUGUGUUCAUGGGCAUCUGUGCCAACGCCAUGGGGGUGUCUCCCCAGGAACAUGUUUACUUUUCAGGGGAAGGGAAGGCCCCCUAUCACCCCUGUAUCUACGAUAAGAUGAUCACCUCUCACGGACACGUGGCAGAUGUCCGGUACCUUUGGAAGGCAGCGACGGACCCCCAGAUCCAUGACAUUUCCUCUGGCCUGUUGGGAAAGAUGUACUGCACAGCAGUGAAAGUAAUGCUCCUCUGUAAACCUUACUAUUUAAAUACCUACCCAUGCAAAGCAGCAUUUUCAUAGUGUAUUGUAAGGCUGCACAGUAUGUCACUGCAGUCUUUAUUUUUAUUUUUUAUAUUUCAGUGUCAACAGCUGGUAUCAUUUUCUAAAUAAAGACCAAAGCCUUGUUCUUGAGCAUAUAUUCACCACUCUUGCCUUGGCUUGAUGGAUACUGCAGUUGUACUUUGUGGUUUAGCUAAUUGUGUGAUGGUAAACAGACUGUUCGUGUUCUUGGCUGCAUUCAGGAACAUUUUGGCUGGCUGCGUGAAGUCAUAAGGGAAGAAUAAUUUGAAUAAAUUACCUCAGUCUCAAGAGGAAAUUCUGCCCAGCAUUGCUAGCUGACAUUAGGGUUUUUAUUCAGUUUUCUAUUGCUCAUUGAAUUAAACUGGUUGAAAGUG